UAAGAUGUAUUACCUUCUCUCUUUAAGACUUUUUGGUUAAUUGAACCAAUUGAAUUAAACAGAAAACUCUUUUAACCAGAUUCGGUCCGGUAUUUGAAACCAAAUAUAAGUGACGUUUUUUCUAAUACUUCCUGAACGCUAUGCUACAUGGCUAUGAUACUUACAGAGUUUCAAUAUUUAUCCAUUAGACAUCUGCAUGCCACGUUUAUAGGUCCCAUGCCUUUUAUAGCGAAUACACACUACAAUGGAGUACACGCUAUACGAUGGAGAGCAGGUCGAAAACAAGUACGAAAGAAGAACUGUAAAUAUUAUUAUUUUUGAGAAUAGAUUAUGUUGAACACACGUGUCCUCAGUUUUUAACAUUGGCGACGAGAAAUUAUAUUUUUAACGACAGAUCCUAAACAACAGCAGAAACUUACUUCAUUAUCAGAAGAAAUUAAUCUUGGUGUAAUUCGUGUGUAUUACAAACUAUGGCUAUUUCAACUUUAAACCUUCCAACUUUUCCAAAGUUUGAUACGGAUGAUUUUACUACAAUCUCAACUCGAUGGGAAAAAUAUAAGAAACGUUUGUUAAACUUGUGCGUCGCUCUGAACGUUGAAGAAGACAAGCAGAAAUUAGCCUUAUUGCUUAAUUACAUUGGUGAAGAGGCGUAUGACAUAUACGACAAUCUUUUAAUACCAGGUACAAAUGAGACGUUUGCAAACGCCAUUACAAUAUUUGAUGGAUAUUUUUCACCUAAGAAAAACAUCGAUUAUGAAGUGUAUGCAUUUAGAAAACUAAAACAACAACCCGACGAAAACAUUCAUCAGUUUUACAUACGGUUGAAACAGCAGGCGAAUAAAUAUGACUUUGGAACAAAUUUGGACAAAGAGCUUAAACAACAAAUUAUGUUAUCUACUCAUAACAGCAAAAUUCGUAAGCACGCAUUUAAGAAUACAGCAAUUAGUUUAGCAGACUUAUUGAUUUAUGGAAAACAUUUGGAGGAUGCAGAUCAACAAGUCGAUGAUGUAGAGCGUUCGAUGAAUCCACAGGAAGAAAUUAACUGACUUACAAAGAAACUGGAAACACUCAGAGCUCUUAAAGUCACUGGAGAUUUGUUUGUGCAACUACAUAUCUUAGCUACAUGUUAGUGACAAUACACUGGUAGACGUGCUGCAACAUUCCAUCAUUAGGGUUCAUCAUCAUUAGUAAGAAUAUUGCUAAGAAGAACAUCAAGGUAAGUCAUUUAUUUAUUCCAUCUUACAUAUGAUGACACCUCAUUGUUCAAUUAAACACAAUAGAAUUUGUGGGGAAUGAAACUGUUUUUACUUGUACUAUCGGGCUUGGUUUAUUUUUUUUAUGGUAGACUAAUUGCGGUAGCAUGGUUAGUACUCUGAACACAGAAAAAUUUUGCCACCCUUCGCCGAAUACUUUAAUUUCCCAGUGGUAAGAAGAAUUAUGCUGUGUCUCCACACUGUACAGAUACAUCAAAAACCAAAAACCAAAUUUCCUAUUUUCCUAACUGUGGUGCAAAGUGCAAAGUUGCACCUGUAUUUACAUCAUUUAAUGCUGAAAAUACUUAUGCUCAGGCUCAUAUUCUGUUUUGUCUGCAAGGUGUCGAUGAAGGAUGUGAUGUUAAUUUGAAUCCAACCAUUUUUGUAAUUCUGGUUAAAACAAU